AUGGAGACAACAUGGCAAGACCCCGAACUCCGGUUCCUGCUCGGUGAGAUAAUCAAGGCAAGCACAGUAGAUGUGCCGAUCCUCGCAGAGUUCAUCAGGGCUCAGAACAUUGAUCCAAACUGGCUGAAUAUGCAACUCCCCAUCGGUCGCACCAUGCAACAAUGUAUGGGAGCCGCAGAGAGAGUUUUAGCUAUACAUCAACCUCCACCUUCGACAUACUAUGGUCUGAAGCGCAAAUCCCUGGAAGCUAGCGAGCAGCCGCCGAAGAGGCAGGUCACAAUGGGCCCAAUCGAGUCGUCUCAUCCACCACGCAAUAUCCAACCCCGUCCUAUUGCAAGCAACUUUCAGUCUGUUCCUCUCAAUAUGAACAGCAGUCCGGGUACGAUUCCGGUAACUGGAAAGAAGCGAGGGCGCCCAUCCAAGGCCGACAAGGAAGCCCAAGCUCGUGCAAACUCGUUUCGGACAAUGGAAUACGCACCCAUCAUACCAGCACCUGUACCUGCACCUGUACCUGUACCUGCACCUGUUUCUGCGGCAGCGCCGAUGACCACCAUCAACAUGGCGCAUGCGCGCGAGUACAUACCUUCGCCAGGAUAUGAAUAUGCAGGCAGUACGAUGGAUAUGCAGGGCAAGAAGAGGGGCAAGCUGGGCGAGUAUUCACCCACAGGCUCCUAUCUUCUACCUUCUCCAGCGUCUGCGCCAGAUCAUCGUGCUCCUCCUGAACCUGUUGAACAGCCUAGCCGGACGGGAUCGCCUAGAGAUCAUGGAGGAGGCCAGCCGGGGGAUAAAAGACCGUCAACUUUUCAUCAGCCAAUGCAACACCCUUCACCCUCACCGAGGCAGACACACUCGACGACGCCUGUCCAGCAGUCCAAUACACUCCCGCCUCUGAAAAGCGAUCGGCCACACGAGCAGUACAGACCAGAAGCUCCUCGCGUCGACCCCAUUUUCCCAGAUCGGGAUAGGUCCAGAAGCGGUUUCGAUCCCAUGACACGUGCUACACCACCAAUACCGACCGUCGCAAAUAGAGGCUAG